AUGGCGAGAUGGGAUGCUCAACUCAGAACUGGGACCAGCCCUGUCCGCACAGUGAUCGAUGCUCUGGUCGACAAGGCCACUUAUGUCCACAGGAGGCAUCUGACGUCCGUCAAAUUUUGGCCGAGUCUGUCCGCACCUCCUCCUCAUGUGGUCAUCUCGAUACGUCAGCCUCGUGCGUUGAAGUGUCACUCUGAUAUUACUCUCGUAAAUGCUGGUGGUAGACGGUACCAGAAGAAUCACAUUCCUACCUAUGAAGAGGCAAGCCCCGAAAGAUUCCCUACCUACCAGAUCACUAUGCAUGGCUACACCCCUGAGGAUAAGGCAAGAGAGAGGUGUCCCAGCGUAGAACUUGCUGCCUCUAUGUCUGCGAGUUUGCCUGCAGUUGAAGGCCUGUCUAUCUCAGGCGAUGAGGGUCUUACUGCGAGUUUGCCUGGAGACUUCUGA